AUGUCAAGCAGGCGCCUCGCAAAAAUUGUAUUCUUCGGAGAGCUCGAAACCGACAGCCGCCCACGAGGAAGCCCAAAGAAACGAUUUCGAGACUACCUUAAGCGUACUCUUGCCUCAUGCAAUAUUGACCAAACACAAUUAGAGAACCUCACAAGACAUCAGAUCGGCUGGCGAUCACUGCGUAGCCGGAGUGGCGCACUACGAAGAGGAGAGACGAGGAACGCUCGAGUUGAGGCUUACACCAGCGUCAUCUGCAGCCUAUCAAUUCCGCAACGGGCAUGUUUCUCUGCAACCUGUGCGUUAAAACUUGUCGUUCGCGGAUCGGCCUCUAUCUCAUUUGACAUUCCGACAGAAAUCUUUCUUCUCAGUUCACCUUUGUUUCAUUUCUUUUUUCUGUUAUUUUUCUUGUUCACAUUUGCUCUCUUUCCGUUAGAAAAAAAACCUUCACAUUUUGAUAUUCAUUUUAAUUUAUUCCUUCCUAACAACAUUCUUAUUCUUUCUUUCUUUUUCUUUCUUUUUAUUUCUUUCUUUUUUCUUUCAAGACACCCUCUCACUAUAAUAUUUAUUCUUACAUCUUUCCUUCUUACCAUCAGUCUUAUCCUUUCUUUCUUUCUUUCUUUCUUUCUUUCUUUCUUUCUUCUCAUUUACUUUCGCAUCAGUUCUUUUAUUCCUUUAUUCUUUUACUUUCUAUUAUUUUCUUUCUUUCUCAGUUAUUCAUUAUCAUUUUUCUAUCUUUUAUUUCUAUUACACUUUGUUAUUCUCACUUCUCUCUCUCUCUCUGUGAUUUCUCUUAUCAUUUUGCUUUCCUCUGUUGUGUCUUUCUUUCCUUCCUUCUUAAAUUGCUGUUGUGUUUCUUAUUCUUCAUUUUUUAUUUAUAUUUUUUUAGUUUUUUUUGUUGCAGUCUUUCGUCUCAUUCAUUCUUUCUUUCUUUCUUUCUUUCUUUCUUUCUUUCUUUCUUUCUUUCGCAGUUGUCAUAAUUUUUUUGUAUAA